UCGCGAGUGUCUCCUCACUGAUAUCCGUCGAGCUUCCCGAGGCGCAUGGGUCGUCGCAUUGCGCGGGACGUCGCGCUACCAGGCCACCGUCAGCUGGCCCGUGGACGAUCGCAGGGGCACGACCAUCUGCGCUCUGUCUUCCGGUUGUUAACGCAGAACACUUUGCCCGAAGAACGGCUUUAGCACGUUGAUUUUCGCGAAGUUUUCUAGUUGCUCGACAAGUCGACAGGUCACGGAAAAUGCGGCGUGGCGGUGGUGAGAAUAUCGGGAGGUCGCUCUCUGGAGGCGCUGAAAAAGAUGACGAGCAUAUCCAAGCUGGAACCGAGGAGAGCUUUCCUGCGGAAGAUACGCGAUCCGGAAACGGGAGAGGUCAUCGACAACGGGCUCUGCUUGUGGUUUCCCGGUCCACACUCGUUCACCGGCGAAGACUCCGUGGAAUUUCACGUGCAUGGCGGGCCGGCGAUCCUGACGCGGCUAAUGGAAGCUCUCUCGAGGCUGCAGGUGCGUCCCGCGCUACCAGGAGAGUUCACCAGACGUGCGUUCUAUAACAAUAAACUGGACCUGACGGAAGUGGAGGGCCUGGCCGACUUGAUAGAGGCCGAGACCGAGUGCCAGAGGAAACAGGCGCUGCUGCAGGCCGACGGUAUCCUGCGCAAGUUGUACGAUAACUGGCGAAAGGUGCUAUCGGAGUCUGUGGCAAGCAUCGAAGCGUACAUCGAUUUCGGCGAAGAAGACAACAUCGAGAGCGACGUGGUACAGAAAGCGCAUCACGCUCUCAGACAGCUGAUGCGAGAUCUGGAGGAGCACCUGGCCGACGGCAGGCGCGGCGAGAUCCUGCGCAACGGGGUGAGAACUGUGAUCGUCGGCGAGCCCAACGUGGGCAAGAGUAGCCUGUUGAAUCAUUUGGUCCAGCGAAACGCCGCCAUCGUCACGCCCAUCGCCGGUACCACGAGGGACGUGAUCGAGCUGACCGCGAACAUCUCGGGCUAUCCCGUGCUGAUAGCGGACACCGCCGGUAUCACGGACAACACCGGGGAUAUCGUCGAAGCAGAGGGUGUUCGUCGGGCGAGAACUCACGUAAAGAACGCUGACUUCGUGAUCGUCGUGGUGGACGCGUUCAAGUGCGCAACCAGCGGCAUGACGUGCGAGGACUACAUACGCGAAUACUUAUCGUCAUUGAGGAUACAGGAGUUGUUGGCGAAAAUCGGCAGGGAACAUUUUAUUAUGAUAGCGAAUAAAAUAGACUUGCUGAAGGAAGAAGAGAAACGGCGCCUUAGCGAUGCUGGAGCGGUCCUGAUAUCUUGCAAAACGGAGGACGGCUUUCAGGACUUGCUGCGAUCGCUGACAGAUUGCCUCAGUAAAAUGUAUAUGAUACAAAUAAUAAGCAUGUUAAGAUUUGCAGUUACGUUACGAUUUUUGUUUAGAUGCGGCAACCCGUCUGCAGAAAGUCCGACCAUCAGUCAGACGAGGCAUCGAAAUCACUUGGCGCAGUGCUUGAGGCAUCUGCAGAUGUACUUUGAAUUGUGCGCCAAUGAACAGUACGACGUGGCCAUAGCGGCGGAAGAGAUCCACAAAGCGAUGCGAGAACUCGGAAGAAUAACGGGACACGUUAGCACUAAUGAAAUAUUAGACAUUAUAUUUAAAAAUUUUUGUAUCGGCAAAUAAAGCACAAUACGACAAUAAAAAUGCUUUUUAAUACUUUGAAUAAGUAAUCGUGAUCAAAUAUUAUUUAACCGUAAGGCACGCGUUUCUACAAGUUACGACAGAAAGAGAUUAGAAUGUAAAUCGGAGUUAUCUGUGCAUUAAUGUACUAAUACCGCGUGUUCUUUCUUUUUAAGGAAACAUUAAUCGAUCACGGUUGCAAAACGCGUUGCGACAGCGUGAAAUAAAAUGAAUAGAAAGCAUGGGGCCUUCAUAAGCAUCGUAUGUUUAUUAACAAUUGUUACACGCACAAUCAUACAUAGAACAACCUUUUGCCUGAUUAUAAGAUAUUGAUACCCUACGCGUAUUAUACACAGAUAGGGCUCCGUUACGUGGUUUCAAGUCGUUAUCUGUAUGCCAUGUCCGUGUUAUGAACUAAUUGCAUCUCGUUAUUAUGACGUUUAUCAUAAUAACUCCAUUCACUCUCGCAAAAGGGGAUAAUUUAACUUGGUGAAACAACGAAAGCAAUACAACUCGACUGAGGGGAAAAAACAGAAAAAAAAGAAAAGGAAAUAAGUCGUAUACAAAAAUCAAUGUUUUAUGACUCGAACAAUUCCUCAUACAUAUCUUACAAAUUUGUGUAAUAUUUGGAAUAGAAAGAAACAUGUUUUCCCUACAUUAAAAAAGAAAAAGAAAAAAUCUAGA